AUGGCGGCUGCUGCUCCCAGCUGGGCUGGCUGGAUGAAGCGAGGGAGUUCUUCAGCUCUUUCUCUCGAUGAAUGUGAUUGCACAUGCGAUUCCGAUGUCUGCCUUGAACAAUCCGAUGCUGAAGACAUCAUCGACGAGUUCAUCAGCAUUCUGGAACAUUCUGACAUCAUCGAAGCCAAUGCCACUGCUCAGGCUCUUCUAAGCGACGACUUCUAUGAGGAGAGUGAUUCCAUCAACAUCCUCUCUGGCGAGCCACUUGGGAGCCUCACCUUCGCCGGGAAACAGAGUUACAUCAGCAACGUCCUCAACGCUCCAUCGAUCGAGGAUGUGUCAACCAUCAAAGCCAUGCCUGCGGGCUGCCGAAAUGUCUUGUGGUACUGGACGAUGAACAUCGGAUCCGAGAAGAUUCCUAUCACGGGAAUGAACUUGAUGGAGAUCAACGACGAGAAACAAAUUGUUAAUCAAUUUGUUGAAUUCAACAGCAUCGCAUGGGCUCUUGAUGUUGGUGAGUACUCUCUUCGAACCUGUUCACAGGUUCAAAGAUUAAUCCAGUCAUUAGGAUUCACGGUCAUCAACUCGGCUGGCAAGACUCUUCCUUUGGCAUAG